AUGGCGGGGUAUGUGGGCGGUCGCAGCUGCCCAGAUUCGGAGCUGCUGCUGCACCCGGAGCUGCUGUCCCAGGAGUUCCUUCUCCUCACGCUGGAGCAGAAGAACAUAACUGUUGAAAAUGACAUGAGAGUAAACAAAGACAGUCUGACCGAUCUUUAUGUUCAGCAUGCAAUACCACUGCCUCAGAGAGAUUUGCCAAAGAAUAGAUGGGGGAAGGUGAUGGAAAAGAAAAGAGAACAACAUGAGAUAAAAAAUGAGAUGAAAAGGAGUAGCACUGCAGAUGGGUUUCGGAAAAGACCCCUCAUCGUGUUUGACGGGAGCUCGACAAGUACGAGCAUAAAGGUGAAGAAGUCCGAGAACGGAGACAGUGACCGACUCCAGGCCCGGCCCCAGGCCGGCGCCACCAGUAGCGCCUUUCGGAGACCGCCGGAUCCCUCUUCAGGUGUCUCGCCCCUAGUUGUGUCUUCCAGUUUGCCUACGAACAAUAGAAUGGAGCACAGUAAUAAUGACGCUAAACAGAACCAUGACUUAACGCAUAGGAAAAGUCCUCCCGGCCCUGGGAAGUCGCCGCCUUUGUUGCCUGUAGGCAGUACUCCGGUGAAGUUAAAGCGCGCCGCUCCCAAGGAGGAGGCCGAGGCCGAGGCCGCGGUGAGUGUGGACAGGAUCUGUAAUCGUUCUCCAGCCCGGCAGUGA